ACAGAAGUGAUCUCGCCGAACGUAACCUCGUCAGCAGAGGCCGUCCCAGGCCCUCUGAAUCGGGACGGAUCGCUGAGCAGCGGCUUGGAUGAAAAUUAACCCCGCCGGAAAGAAGGACGGAGCGGCGGAAGGAUCCGAGGACGGUUGGUGACGAGAUGGCGCUCGGGCUUGUGGCGCCAGAAUUCAGAGGCGGUUGAGGGGAGGCGAACGCGAUGGUGGUGCUCCGCAGCGGUUCGGGCGGCUCUGGCCGCCCCGAGCCUCAUAGCAGAGGCGGGACCUCUUCGAGAUCCCCGCAGUCUCUCUACGAAACGAUGGAAUCGAGUUCGGAGUUUCUCACUUUGAGCAUCCCGACUUCGUCUCGCAGGAAACGCUCGGUGGGAAACCAAUCCCUCGGAGCGCCCACCGGGGAUCCACCCGCCGAUCGGAAAGCCCGGACGGAGUUCUCUUCAGACAAAGAAAGUAGGCAUUUCACAAGGCAGCACACCUUAAGAUCUAUGAGGAAAAAUAAUCCGCAUUAUUCAAGUCCUAGCUUUGACAAAAAGAUGUCAACACUGAUUGAGAAUGGGAUUAACAGGAAACACUUUACAAGACAACUGGCUAGAAUGCAGGCAGGUGGAAAGAAUGAAGAUGGUGAAGAAGGAGCUGUAGUUCCCGUAACCAGAUCCCUGAAAAAAGGAGUAGAUGGGAAGCCUGAAGAACAUGUUGCAGAAGAAAAUGGCGAUGUUGAAGUCCGUCGCAGUUGCAGAAUUAGACGAAGUCGCUAUAGUACUAUGAACCAGUCAGUUCUGUUUGACAGACUAAUUACAAACACUGCAGAAGCUGUACUACAAAAAAUGGAUGAUAUGAAGAAGAUGCGCCGUAGACGAAUGAUGGAAGAUCUUGGGGUGUUCAAUGGUAGAGAAGGAGGAAACCUUGAUAUAUACUCCAGAGGGAAACCUGCUAUCCAAAGGACUGAUGAAGAAACCUCUGAUAAUCAAGAUGGAAGUGCAGAAUCUUCAGAAGAAGUUGAGGACCAUGAAGAUGAAGAUGGAGAAGAAAACCAAAAGCGCUAUGAUCUCCGACAGAGAAAAACUGUUGUACAUUAUCAAUCCUCACCGGAAAAGCCCAGGCAUCAGAAGAAGCCUAAAUUAUUUUAUGAUGAUGCAGCUUCUCCAGUAAGACGAGGUUUCCCUUUUAGUCCUACAGGACCACGGAGCCCUUUCUGUAAAAAGAUAAAUAGGCGAAAGCAUGCAAUUCAUAAUAGCGAUUCCACAACUUCAUCUUCAUCUGAUGAUGAAGAACGCUUUGAGAGACGUAGGAAAAGAAGUCGCAACAAAGCACUGAGCAGGUGCCUUCCGCUAAAUUUUCAAAAAGAUGAGUUGAAGGGAAUCCACAAAGAUCGAAUGAAAAUUGGAGCAAGCCUGGCUGAUGUUGAUCCAAUGCAAAUAGACACUUCAGUGCGAUUUGAUAGUGUGGGUGGACUUUCUGAUCAUAUUUCAGCUUUAAAGGAGAUGGUAGUUUUCCCACUACUUUAUCCAGAAGUGUUUGAGAGAUUCAAGAUUCAACCUCCAAGGGGCUGCCUUUUCUAUGGUCCACCGGGGACUGGAAAAACUCUUGUUGCCAGGGCACUUGCUAAUGAGUGCAGUCAUGGAGACAGAAGAAUAGCAUUUUUCAUGAGAAAAGGUGCUGAUUGUCUCAGUAAAUGGGUGGGCGAAUCUGAGCGACAGCUUCGUCUGCUGUUUGAUCAGGCUUUUCAGAUGCGUCCUUCAAUUAUAUUCUUUGAUGAGAUAGAUGGCCUUGCUCCUGUACGGUCCAGUAGACAAGAUCAGAUUCACAGCUCAAUUGUGUCUACGUUGCUCGCAUUGAUGGAUGGUUUGGACAAUAGAGGUGAGAUUGUGGUGAUUGGUGCUACAAACAGAUUGGAUUCCAUAGACCCUGCUUUGAGAAGACCCGGACGUUUUGACAGAGAAUUCCUAUUUACAUUACCAGAUAAAGAGGCAAGAAAGGAAAUCCUUAAGAUCCAUACCCGCGAAUGGACCCCUAAGCCAUCAGAAAUGUUUCUACAGGAGGUUGCUGAAAAAUGUGUUGGGUACUGUGGGGCUGAUAUUAAAUCGAUAUGUACCGAGGCAGCCUUAUGUGCCUUGCGUCGACGUUAUCCUCAGAUUUACACCAGCAGUGUGAAGCUUCAGUUAGAUAUCUCUUCCAUUAACAUAACCGCUAAGGAUUUUGUGGUUGCUAUGCAAAAGACUAUACCUGCUUCUCAGCGGGCAGUAACCUCGCCUGGCCAAGCGCUCUCUACAAUUUCAAAACCACUGCUUGAAAAUGUACUGCAAAGAAUUAUGGAGGUUGUACAAAAUGUAUUUCCACAUGCAGAACUGGCACAGAAAGGACGGAAUAAAUCAGAUUUUGCUAAUCAUGUGUCAGAACCUGAUCUGUUCUACAGUGAUGAAGAAGGACCAACAGUAUUUGAAACUGGACAUUUUCAGAAAGGCUCUGAAAAGCGGACACAUUUUCUUAAUUUUAAUAGAAAUGCUUAUCACCAACCAACAUCUUGCCGACCAAGACUCUUAAUUAGCGGGAAGCCAGAAUAUGGACAAGCCUCGCAUUUGGCCCCAGCAGUUAUACAUGCUUUAGAAAAGUUUCCGGUGUAUACGCUAGACCUUUCUAUCCUCUUUGGUGUCAGUUCCAAAACCCCUGAAGAAACAUGUGCUCAGUUGAUCUGUGAAGCUAAGAGAACAGCGCCAAGUUUAAUAUACAUUCCAAACAUUCAUAUAUGGUGGGGAACGAUUGGACACACAUUGCAAGCAACCUUUACUACACUAUUACAGAACAUUCCAUCCUUUGCUCCUAUUUUUCUUCUUGCAACAUCAAAUACACAUCAUGAAGCUCUGCCAGAUGAGGUAAAGGAAUUAUUUGUUGAUGGUUUUGGAGAAGUUUUUGAUGUUCAUUUGCCUAGUUUUGAAGAAAGAAGAAAAUUCUUUGAGAGUUUAAUUCUCCAUCAAGCAAUUAAACCACCGGUGUCAAAAAAGAAAGCAGUUUUGCAGGCAUUGGAGGUAUUACCAGUAGCUCCCCCACCUGAACCACGGCAGCUGUCAGAACAGGAGAUCAAGCAACUUGAGGAGCAGGAAGAAGAUACUCUACGUGAACUCAGAAUUUUUUUAAGAAAUGUGACACACAGACUUGCCAUUGAUAAACGCUUCAGAGCCUUUUCAAAACCUGUUGAUUUGCAUGAGGUACCAGACUAUGUCACAGUCAUUAAGCAGCCAAUGGAUCUUUCAACCAUUAUUUCAAAAAUUGAUCUUCACCAGUAUCUGUCUGCCAAAGAUUAUCUAAAAGAUAUUGACCUCAUCUGUAGCAAUGCGUUAGAAUACAAUCCUGAUAGAGAUCCUGGAGAUCGUUUGAUAAGACAUAGAGCCUGUUUUCUCAAAGAUACAGCCUAUGCUAUAAUAAAGGAAGAAAUGGAUGAAAAUUUUGAACAACUUUGUGAAGAAAUUCAGGAAUCACGCAAAAAGAGAGGUUGUAGUUCUUCAAAAUAUGUCCCAUCUUAUUACCAUGUGAUGCCAAAGCAAAAUACCACAUUGCAGGACAAGAAAUUGGAUUCUGAAUGUGGUGACAAGAUGAAAAGCCCACCAAUACCUCUGGAUUCUAGUUCUCCUUUCAUUCCUAAUGCCUUAUCAAAGAGAAGACUAAGAAGGAAGAGUCGAUGGUGCCUGGGCAACCUAGCAAAGCGGAAAAAGACUUUGCAUUUCAAUAAGGAGAACAAAGCUCCAGGAGAAGAGCCAGAUGAAGUGGAGAGUGAUGGAGAAGAAUAUAUAUGUAUGCUUCGUAUGACCCGUGCAAGACGUUCACAGGUAGAGCAGCAGAAUAAAUAG